AUGUUCUUCUACUCUGGCAGCAAUGACGACUGUUCUGAGCACAAGAUGGUGGGAGUCAUCAACCCGGUGAGUCGUUUCCAAGGGAAUGUGUCAUUGACCGCAGUACUCAUGCUGGCUUGUCAGACCGAGGGGAAGAACCUACGAUUGUGGAAUGACGAUUCCCGGAACUUCACGGUACAAGUCCAGGAAGAAUCAAAGGACGAUGAAUCACCAGGGACUCUUUACAGCCGCUCCUGUGGUGAUGGCGACUUCAUCCUUGGGGCUGGGCAAGUCGUGGGAAUUGCCCUGGGAGGCGCCGCAGCCAUUCUCAUCGCGGGAUUGCUGGGCUUUUUCUGUCAUCGGCACUCAGUCGACGGGCCAGUGCACUCCAGACAUAUCCGGGGGAGUUCCUAUCCUGCGCACUACCAAUCCAAAUACACAGCUCCUGCCAUCACGGGCUGCCGUACCCCGAGGUUCACCGUCAGAGAUUGGGACAAGAAGAGGAUGGAGCAACUCAUUGAGGAGGCAGAAAAAGCCCAAUGUCCCAAGGCAAUCCCACGAUACUCGCAAUCUUCCUCCUGUCCCAUCUCAACCCCCUGCAAGUGCCUCGGUGGCGAGGACUGUGGCCAGUCACCCGCUACACGAAGAUACGAGAAUGUGAGUCUUCCCAGCAUGUAUGAGCCACUCUCCGUUUGA